AUCAGUGACAAUUUUAUUGACAGUGAUCUUGAGAAAACUUUAUGAUUUUGUAAGAGUUGUAAGGCUUUAAUUUUAUAACUAUAAUUUGCUUGCUAAUCUAUUUAUUUUAAAUACCCAAGAUGCCGCCACUUGAUAUGACUAAUCCAGAUAUAAUGAGGUUUUUCAUAGAAAACUAUGAAAAAACUACGCGUCUUCGCCUAAAAUGGAACCAUCUUCACGGCGACAAAUUGGCAAAAGCGGCUACUUUAAAACGAGAAGAAAAAGGAUAUUUUUUAACUGAUGUCAUACAAGAAAACAUGGCUGCUGGUAUGCAAACCAUAAUCAGAGAUAGUAUAUCAGGAGCUGAAAACAGAAGGAAAAAACCUAUUCGAGAUGCGACCCAUAUACCGGCCUUAGCUGAUAUGAGAAAGGGGCAUUCUAUCGUUGAUGUCGGUCUUGGUGAUCCUAAGAAUGAUCCGCGGUUAUCACGACCCGACACAGAUCUCACAAUGGACCCUGUAAUGCGGCCAAUGGACCCGAAACAAAAACAGAUCAUCUAUAAAGGUCUCCCACACUUUGGUCGAUUAGCAUACCUUAAGCAACGAAACAAAAUAGCUCCCGAGGACAAGUACUAUUUAAGAGAAUCUUCUGGAUGGACUUGUGGAUGGCGCCUCAAGGACAGCUGUUUUGGAAGGAAUGCACCAACGUUCGGUCGUGUGUGGCUCCUGACACGAGACUCUGCAAGCCGCAGUGGAGCGCAACCUGAUCCUGCCCAUUAUAAAGCAGUGGAACUCCCAGGACCUAAAAAAUGUCCAUAAAUUUAUUAAGUGACCUUUUCCAAAUUUCAGGGUAUCCACUUAUUGCCAACGCUAGUACUAGAAUCGCCUACGUUAAUUUGGAUAUAGUUAGUUAAUUUUGGCGCUGAUUGUACAACUUCGAGAGUAUUUUAUAACUUUUAAGUUACGUUUACGUUUAUAGGAUAUCUUAUAAUUUUGAUAGGAUUAGUUUUAUUUGAUAACUUAGUGGUUUAAUAAAUUUUUAAGACUUUA